AUGUGGAGCAGAUUGACCGGUAGCUCUGCUGCCUCCAACAGCAACAAGGACGAGGAAAGUCGCCGCCGCCGUACUAGCGACUCCACGCGUUCCAAGCGCGACCCAGACGCCCGCUCCGUCGUGUCAUCGUCGACGACGCGCAAGCCAUCGACAUCGACCUCAUCUAAACGUGACACUGCGCCUUCCGCGUCCUCGAUUGCCUCCUUCACGACUGCCUUCGACGAGAUGCCGCGCUCACGGGCCACAACAAACAACACGAGCGGUCCCUACGACGACGACAACAUGCGUCGCGACGAUCGCCGCAGCAGCUAUGCCGAGUCGUCCAGCUCGACACUGCGCGACGACAAGGACCGCAAGACGGGUAAGGCCAAGGACAAGAAGCUCGAGAAGCGCCGCUCGACGCGCUCAGUGCGGUCCGGCAGCACGUCGCAAACUGGCGCCGGCUACAGGGGCGAGAUUGUUGACAGUCCCAAGUCGGUCCAGCGCAGCUUCAGCGGCCAGAUUGGCAGCGACGGCUUCUCGCAGUUCCCAGGACAGGCAGGAGCGCCCAUGAUGUCGGGCGCUCUGCCAGUAGGAAGCCACCCACCACAUCCCGACGACAUGGACGAUCACGUGCAGAGCCAGUUCCCCGGCCAGGACCCUCUACAAUACACCUCGAGCGCGCUCCCUGGCGGCCAUCCAUUUGGAGCGGCUGCCGACUUCUACAACGACCAGGGCCAGUCGGUGCACCAGCAGCCUGGCGUGAGGCCCCAGCCGCCCUCUGUCAUCAUAGGACAGGAUACCCCCCAUCUCAUGUCUGCCUCCGCGCAGCCCAACCCGGUUGCCGACACCGGAUCGGGCGCCGCUGCAGACUUCUACGGGCCCAGCACAAAUGGCUCUUCAUCCAGACCUCCACGACCAUCGAGCUCGUCCAUGCCCGGUGCCUUCGUCGACGACACCCCGACGCCCCAGAAGCCACCGCGACCCGCAUCUUCAUCGAGACCCAACAAGUCGAGCACCUUCGGCCCAGCUGCUACUGCGGCCGGCGGAGCUGCCCUGGGAUAUGCCAUGGGCCACAGCUCUUCUAAUCAUGAACACACCACGAGCUACAGCUCAUCGAACGUUCGCCCUUCUACAUCAUACUCUUCUUAUACUAAUAAUACCCCCCCGGCUGCUCCGGCUUCCACGUACAACAUGUACGGCCCGGGAUCUAAUGCUUCUAAUACCGCUGCCAACGACGGCAGCUACCUCCCACCCUACGCUGCAGCCGCCGCCUACGGCGUGGAAGGCGCGCCUCCUCCAAAGCCACCUCGGCCAAGCAAGCCAGAGAAGCACUCGUCUGGCAGCAUGGCUGGACUGUACGCUGCUGGCGCCGCAGGACUGGCGGCUUAUGGCUUAAACCAACAUAAUUCACAUUCACACACCCACUCCAACACCCACACCCACUCGCAUAGCACACACCAUCAUCCUUCGACGCACGGCCCCAACGGACACCAUCAGAAUGGCCUUACACCCAGUCCAUACAUCUCAGGCGGCAUGGCUCACCAGCAUCAGCACACUGGGCCUGUUUCCAAGUUUGUCGACUGGUGGAAAGACUACGAAGACGUGCAGAAGAUGGAAGAGUACACCGAGUACAUUGGAGUUUGCAAGGGUUGUUUUGACCCCCGCUCUUCCGUUCUGGACGCCCCACGGAAGCACCACUACUACAAACGGCGAUCCAAUGAGUUUAUGCGACCCACUGGUGGCAUUGAGAAGCAAUCUCGAUACUCGCUCAAGGAGAAGAAGUCUUGGGGCUCAAUCUCUUCGGGCGAGGAGCGUCGCAAGAACAAGAGCAGCGCCGCGGGCUGGGUAGCUGCAGGCCUGGGCGGUAUGGGCCUUGCCAAGGCUGGAAAGGCUGUCUUCAGCGCGGGUCGCGACGACUUUGACGACACAUACAGCAUCAAGUCCGGUCGGUCAAGGGUCUCACGACACAGCCGCAGCAGAUCAGGGGAUCGCAAGAGUUACAGCUAUGGUAGCUCUGGCAUCCGCCACCGGAGCAAUUCUGCCGACCGCAUUUCCGUCAUGUCCGUAGGCGUUACGAGCGACAAAAAGGAUCGUAAAGAUCACAAGGUCGUUCGCCGUCAGUCUCGGUCGCGCCGUUCUCGAUCAAGCUCAACUUCAAGCUCCAACUCAGGACGCGGCAAGACAGGCCUGAUCGGCACUGCCAUUGGUGCAGGUCUUGCAGGAGUCGCCCUUGGAGCGGCCACAAAGAAGAAGCAGCACAGCCGAUCCAGAUCCCCGAAGAGGGUUCAAGUGGUUCAUCACCGCAGAGACAGCAGUGACGAUGAGCGUCGUAGGAGAAGAUCGCAUUCACUCCGACACAAAGCAUCUCGAAGCUCAACAUCCGGAGCCUCUGUCAUCGAGAUUGGCCAGACUCACGAGUCCCAGGGUGGCUUCCUUGGAGGCUUCUUCUCUGCACCUCCACCAAAGGAGAAGCGUGUGAAGACAGCCAAUAGCCUGAAGAAGAAGAAGAAGGGCUUCUUCAGCUUCAGCAACGCUUCAACGUCUUCAUCUGACUCCGAGAUGGCAUUCGGCACCGGCUACGUAAGGAGGACGCGCAGACGAUCGUCGCCGAAGAGACGAAACUCGGAUGAGCGACUGAAAGCUUCGCUACUUGGUCUUGGCGCUACGGCUGCUGCUAUCACAGCCGCGAAGGCUGGCAAGGGCAAACGCCACAACGAGGUCGUUGCUGUUAAGGAGAACCGUCUUGGUCGCAAGACCAGUCAAACUUCUUCGCGGCCCGCCUCCCGUUAUGGAGACGACGAGUGGGAGGACUUGCCAGACGAUGGUACUUCCGACUCUUCGAGUGAUGGCGGUCUCGUAUACGGCGAUUACUCCCUGAAGAAGACCAAGAGCAAUGAGUCUAUCGGAUCCAACCACUCAGGUACGAACAAGUGGGGCUGGCGAUGGGGCUUUGGCAAGAAGAGAAGGUCUUCCAACAACCUAUACGACAACAUCGCUAGUACAUCGCUCAUUGGGCCCGCCGCAGCUGGCGCAGCAGGUGCCUUGACCGGCGCAGCUGUUGGAGCUGCCCAUGGACAUCACGACAGUGAGUCUAGCAGCGCCCAAACAUUGCAGUCGGUCUAUCCAGUUGCACCCCAUGACCCCAAUGCGUCGUUCGACGCACGCCGUACAAGCUCUAUCGUCACCAAUCAGCCUAUUGUCACCUCAGGACCUGGUCCCAUCCCCAUUCAACACCCUCAGCCAGUGCAGCAAGUCCCUGGCGCCAUCUACUCAACACAAGCACCAUCGCAAUCUGGGUACACCACAGCAGGUCCUUCAGACUUCCCACCGGCACCUUACCCACCUCCUUAUCCCAUGCAGUCUCAAGUUCAGAACAUUAUCAUUCAAAGUCCUCAGCAUCCUCAAUUCCGUCGGGCAAACUCUUCUCCUAUCCAAAGCUCGUCAUGGAAGCGAGAUGCAUCUAUCGCUGGACUUGCAGCGACUGCCGGAUUUGCAGCAGUUUCUGCAAUGAAACACCCCGACCGACCUCCGAGCCGACCGCCGUCCGCGUCUAGCAAUGUUCGCUUCAACCUGACACAAGAGCAGGCAGAGAAGGACCUCCGUGAGCGACGCAAGGAGCAGGAGAGACUCGACGAGGAGGCCGAGCGGCGCCGAGAACAACAGAGACGCGAGGACGAGGCGCGUCGGGAAGAGGAAGACCGAGUGCGCCGAGAACAGCUGCGACAAGAGGAAGAGGCCCGGCGAGCGGCACUUGCGCUCCGUGAGGAAGAGGAUCGCCUGCGCAGAGAGCGGCAGCUACAAGAGGAUGAGGCUCGACGGAUUGAAGAAGACCGCCGGCAAACCUUGCUCCGCUUGGAGGAAACGACGCGCCAAGAAGAAGCGCGACGCCGAGACGAAGACGAGCGACGUCGCCUAGAGCUGCAACGGCAGCAGGAGGAGGCCCGCAAGUUCAUGGACAUCGAACGCUUGGCGAGGCUCGAGAACGAACGCCGUCGCGAACAGCAAGAGGUCCAGGCACGCCUCGCUCGGGAAGCCGAAGACCGCGAACGUCAUCAACGGAUGUCCGAAAUGGAGCGCCAGCGUCAGCUCGCCAUCGAGGCUGCGGAGGCUGAGCGCAAACGGAGAGAGCGUCGUGAAUCUCAACAACAAGAAGCUGAGCGUAUCGAUGCCGCGAGACGCGAAGCUGAGAUUCAAGAAGACAUGGAGCGCCGACGCAGGGAACGCGAAGCUCAGGACUACACCGACCGAUACGAGAGCGACCGGGCUCGGAAGCUCGAACAGCAGCCAACAGGAGAUUCAAUGGCUUCGACUGCCACUGUUGUACAACGCAAGGAGCAGGAGCUGCAAGACCGCGAACGCGAGGCUUUCAAGUCUGACAAGAAGUCUUCCGUUGCUGGCGCAGUAGCUGCUGGUGCAGCAGCAGCAAUCGCAACUGCCGCGAUCAAGGACUACAAGGACAACAAGGACAAGGAGAAGGAGAGGGAGCGCGAGAAGAAGCGCGACAGCAAGUCUUCGUCUUCAACGAAGAGCAGCAAGAGCGAAUCCUCCUCGUGGAAGCGCAGCAAGAACGAUUCUUCUUCGUCCAAGAGCAGCAAGAGUGAAUCUUCAUCCUCGAAAAGCAGCAAGAAGCGGGAGCCAACCAGCGUCAAGACUAUCGAGCCCAGCAAAGUCAAGCAGGACAUCUUUGACGAGGACAUCUUCAAUCCCGAUAUGUUCAAACAGAAGGACACUUCACGCCAGGACGCUCGCGAAGUCCUUCAAGAUUGGGAACAGAGAUACUAUGCAAAGCCAAUAUCCCAAGCUGAAUUCUUCGCACCGGAAGAGCUCUUGGCCAACGACAACCUGCCCAAGGUCCGCCCAGUAGACCCGAACGAGGGUGCUCCAGAUCUGCCCAUCUACCAGUCCUGGGAAGACUAUCCUGUCAGCCAGCCCAAGGUCCCGCCUUAUCCUCCAUCGUACGCUUUCACCGCCACCAGAAAUGGUCGGUCCUCUCAACCACAACCGCUACCUCAAGUUCCAUCGCUGAACCUCAUCUUGCCUACUCCUCCCGGUAGUCGCACACCUUCUGUGCGCAGUGCAUCUGCCCCUCCAUCGCCCGCUAUGGAACCCAUCAGGGAGACUAGAGAGACUAGACGUGAGCCAAGAGAUGACGAAUCGAACCGAGCAAGGUCUAGGGUAAGCUGGGGCGAGAACCAGUUCCACCACUUUGACGUACCUACUCCGGAAUCUUACCGCGAGCAAUUUGUCUCAGAUGGCGAUCUCAGGUCGCGUGAAGCCACCGUCGAGCGCGAGCCGCCCAAGCCCGAACAGACGACGUCCACCUACACACCCUACCGCCCCGAGAUGUCAAGAGUCCCCGAGAGCAAGGAGACUGCACCAAGCACGCAAUACGUUCGGGACGAGAAGGACUCCAACUGGGACAGUGUCGUGGAUGCUGCUUCCAAGAAGAGCAACAAGAAGGAGAAGAAGUCAGCUGCAGCGGCGGCAGCAGCAGCACUGACGACUGCAGCGGUUCUUUCCCGAGAUCAACGAGAUCAAGAGGACGAGCGUAGCUACAGACGCGACAAUCCGACUGCAUCUGCCCUGAGCAACCCAACUGCAUCGAACCUUAGCAGUGCGACCUCCUACGAUUUCAGCGAUCCAACUGCGUCUACCGUCAGCACUAUCGUCAGCAAUGCAACUGCAGCUGGGUUCAGCAAUCCGACUGCUUCUUCCUUGAGCAACCCGUUUUCCGAUGGAAACAGGGCCCCAUCCACUAUCGCUCCAUCGAUCAUCUCAGCUGCACCAUCUUCCACAGUCACUCCCUCCAUCAUCUCAGCUGUGCCAUCUACGAGCAGCGUUCAGACAGCAUACUGGCAGCCUGAGUCAGAGCGCGACGCGUGGAGGGCGCCCCAACAGACUACAGUGGGACCUGGCUUUGUUGAAGGCGAGAUUCCUACACCGCCAGUGUCUAUGCACAUGCCCGGCGGCUGGGACGACAUACCGGAAUCUGAGGUGCUUGCAGAGGAGCCGCCGACAUCGUCUGCGAAGAAGGACACAAAGGGUAAGAACAAGACUAAUGAUACUGACGAAGUUGUAGCUAUGCAGAAUGUUUCUCGGCGUGGAGAGCCAACAUCUGCGGUGAAAGAGAGGGAAGCUGAGCCAGAGGUCAAGCUCAGCAAGAAGGAGAAGAAGGACAAGAAGAAGAAGUCCAAGUCAUCGAAGCGAGCCAGUGUGGACACUUGGGAGAUGAGUGAUCCCAGUCCGCCAUCAAGCCCGAUCAUGGAGCGCGAUCCCAGGGACAUUGAGCCCUCCCGAGAUCCCAGGGAUAUUGAACCUUCUCGAUCUGCUGAAACCUCACGUUUCGCCGACUCUUCUCGCUCAACUGAGCCAUCUCGAUCUGCCGAACCACCACGUCUAGGAGAAGCAUUCCAAGAGUCCCCUAGUCCCCCGAAGAAGCCUGCGCGACAAAGUGAAAGCAGCGGCGGUAAAGCCUCCACCGCUGCCAUGGCCGGUGGUUUCGCUGCUCUAAUGGGCAUGACCAUGAACCAGGAUCAAAACAGGAUGGCCUCGGAUGCCGAGCGUGCCAGGAAGGAUCUUGAGUCCACAGAGAAGCACCAUUCACGCGACUCGCCUGUAUCUCCACCGAAUGGCGCACGUGCACUCGAACGGAAUGAGAAGAAUGUGACAAUCCCAAGCUACGCAUUCGAGGGCGUUGAGGAGCUGGCCGAUAAGACACCAAGGCCGAAAGUCCAGAAAAGACACAGCAGCGGCAAAUGGUCACCUAGCAUCAGUUCUCCUCUCAGGACCGAGACGACGUAUGACGACUACAUAAACGCCCGCACCAUUCCCGAUCCUUCCAGAUACCAAACAAUGGUCGAGGCCCCAAAGGUUCCCACUGCAGCGCCGUUCACGAUGGCGCAUGAUCCAGUCACCGCUCGUAACGUAACCGACUCUGAGUACUAUGCUCCCGACGACGUGCCGAGCCGGGCGGGCAACGACAAAGAAUCGAAUGGAUUCUAUCCCGCAGACUUCAACGAGGAGGCAAAGGACAGGCACUCACGAAACGAUCGCGACCAGGAUGUCGAUGACAGAUACGAUGAUGACUUCGACGACAGACCACGCAGGUACGAUGAUGACGAUGUGGGCUCAAUCGCUUCUCUUAGCUACAAGUACGACGACCCCGAUCGCGAGGAGAGACGCCGCAGACGUCGCGAAGCCAAGUCCGAGACACGUGAGAAGAGCCACGACCGCGGUUACGAUCUUGAAGAGAGUGGAGAACGGAGGCGAAGACAUCGCCAUCAUGAGGCUGAUGAGGGUGCUGACGACUGGGACACGAAAUCCGCCAUCUCCGAGACUGGCGAGCGUCGACGCAAGCACAGGAGAAGGGAUGGCGACAGAGACGCAUCACCCGAGACCAAGACUAGAUCACGCUCGUCAGCAGCUUCCGAACUCGGCGACCACGAUGAUGAUCGCAAGUCCUCCCGGAGACGAUCCAAACGAGAUGAUGACAUGGUUUCCGUCGUAUCCUCAAUCCCAGAUCUAGACGAGGAUCGCAGCUCAAGGAGGGAGAAGGAGAAGCGUCCAAGUGGCUUCCUGGGCCUUUUCGGCAGCAAGUCGAGGGAGAACUUGAAAGAAGCUUCAAGCAAGUCCUCGAAAUCUAAGGACGACGACGAUGAAGAACGCAAACAUCGUAGACGGAAGCAUCGGUCGGAUCGCGGUUCCACCUACGGCGGCUCAGACGAUGAUGACAUGCGCUCCACGAUCUCGACCAGUAGUCGACGCGAAAAGAGGAGCAGCCGCAGUCGUAGCGAGAGAGGAGACGGAGACAGGACGGAUGCUUAUGAUGACAAGGAUCUCUUACAACCUCGAACCCCGCCCUCGCAUGCCGAUGAACAACAACAACCACAACAGCAGUCUUUUUUAGGCGAUCGGGCAGUGACCACAGCCACUCCAAGUCCACUGCCCGUAAGUGAGCCUGUCGAUCAGGCCCACGAGGGUAGUGGCAUGAUCCUUGGAGAUCGGGCCGAGUUUCCUCUUUCGACCUCGGAUGAUGCCCAACGCUUCACCGCCUCUGGAGACAACGACCUACCGCCCGAACUAUCGUUCGAAGACAGCCGCGCGCUUCUAACUCGCCUUACAGGCCUUCAGCCUUGGCAGCUGGAAGCUUUCCCCGAUGAGCUACCUCCGCUGCCGCUGUCUAGGCCAGGUUCGCCAACACGUUCGCCAGACGUCACACGUCCUUCGACCGCGAUUUCUCAACGUCGACUAUCAUCAACGGCAGUUCCAAUACGCUUCCGCAAGCCCGUCAUACCCUCUACCGUUGACCCUAGCUUAGCAGCUGAUCCUCUUCCUGGCCCUUCACCAACCCGUUCUCGCCAUGGCAAGACGCACUCCACAGAGUUUAGGAACUCUCGAGAGUUCCGACCUUUGUAUCUGGUGGAGCGCAACCGCAAGUCCAAUGAGAUCGAUGAGGUGUUGCCAGCGCUUCCACCCAGUAGUGCCUCUUCAGUAGUCUCUGGCGCGGAUUCAGAAGAAGAGUUUGAGUCUGCUCAAGAGUCGCCUUACGAGAGCGCUGGACAGUCAUCUUAUGACUCAUUUUUCGAUCCUUUGAGUACCGUAGCGGACCUCAUUGCGCCCAGCCAUGGACCGGAGCUUCAGCAUCCCGAGCUUGCCCAUCGCGAGAUUGAAGAAGUCGAGGAAUCCGGCCAAGCUACCCCCAAGGCCUCUGACUACUUCACAGGUGCCCAGGAAGCGUCAGCACCGUCUAGCGGUCCCAACUAUGAAUCGCUUACUGCGGCACUGGAGCAUGCCAGAGCACAGGAACAGGAUUCGUCCACCGACGAUUUCAUGUCGACUUUGACCUCCCCACAGGCGGAGACUCCUCUUGAGACAAGCGCGCCGCUCGACGACAAGAUGAUGCGCGACGUUCCCAAAUCCCGCGACACUACUUCUGCCCCAUCGAGUAGUUCAUCAAGACUCCAAGACGCUGCUCUUAGCGCAGUAGUGGGAGGAUUGACAGCAGCUGCUUUGCGAAAACGCUCUCCUUCACCAACUCGAUCUCAGCGCGAUGACACCAAAGACAAGGCUUCGUCAGCUGCUGAGCCAGAGCAACCCGAGCCCGAAACCAUCGAACCUGUUGUCGAACCAUCGCCAAAGGGCAAGGGUAAGGCCAAGAAGACCAAGAAAAGUAAGAAGGGUAAGGAGCCCGUCGCCGCCGAGUCUCCCGUAGCCCCGUCGCCUGUUAUCCCAUCGCCCGUAGCUCAAUCACCCGAGGAGAUGAUGAAGCCAUCGCCCUCCUUCAGCUUCGCCACUACCUUCGUUGACAACGAGGAAGAUUGGGCCAAGAACAGGACUGAGUCCGUCGUUACGGACGAUGCUACGCUUGUUGGUGAGCCUGUCGGAACGCCCAAGGAUACCAAGGCCUUUCAACAGAAGGUAUUGGACACUACUGCACCAAAAGAGGACGAAUCCACCGAGGUCAGACGCGCUGUCUUUGAUAAUAUCCCUCAAGAAACUGCGAGAUCAGUCGAACCUGUCGAAGAGGCAAAGCAGGGUCUUGGGAUCACCACCGAACCGGCUGCUACAACUGUCGAAGUUUCACAAGACGCCCCUGUUGAGCCUAGCUCUUCCAAGUCUGUUGAACCCGCAAUUCCUGAGCCGAUCGUCGAGGAGGAAGUUGCGACUACACCCAAGUCCAAGAAGGCGAAGAAGAACAAGAAGGGUAAACGCGGCAACAAGCAAGCUGAGGCUGAGGCCGAGCCGGCAACCCUCCCAGAGGUUCCUACUCAAGAUGAUCAGAUCUUGCCUUCGUCCGAGUCGCAGCAAGACACUAUUGAACGCGAUAUCCUCGAGCCAUCUUUCGAACAGGAUGAGCCCAAGGACAAUGUUGAUGUCAUGGAUUUCUUGGUUCAAGAAGAGGCACCAGUCACUCCGACCGAUGAAGCAAUUCCGCAAGAGGCAGCUCCGCAAGAGACAGUGCCUGUAUCUACUACCCCGGCAAACCCCGAAGAGCCCAAGUCGGAAGUUUCAGCUGGGCCUGCCACACCAGAGGUUCCAGCUCGGCCUAGCACAGCAGAUGGCGCCGAACAAGCCAAGAGCACUCCCGUCGAAGAAAACCGCCGAGCUUCCGGGAUCGAAGGACAAUCGGCAGGUUCAGGCUGGGGUUCCGGCCUGUGGGGUGCUAUCGGAUGGGGCAAGAAGAAGGCCCCACCGCCGCCAACAUCUGAGCCUCCGUCUUCUCCGAAGCCCCAAUCUGCCGUCCUCGCCGCACUAGCUGCAGCCAGAGAAGAGGCCAAGCGCAAGUCACAACCAUCCUCACCAACUGUGUCUGAGAGGAAGAGCUCCAAGUCUGAGAAGAGGCCUUCUAUCUCCCGAGUGAAGACGCAGGAUGAGACGUCAAAGCCGGAGUUGCUGCAGAAGAUCGAGUCUAGGAGAUCAUCUGUUCCUACACAGAGGCCUACUGAGGCCACGACCCGCGAAAUUGUCAAGGAAGAGGCCAGCUCGAGCGUUGCUCCUCCUACGGCGGUCUUCACUGAUGAUGGAAAACCUUCCUUCGCAUUCCCUCAGCCAUCAGCGGCUCCUCAGGAACUAUCUAUCGAGACUCCCAAGGAAGCUCCUGUCGUCGAAGAGAAGGCUACGAAGCAAUCUGAGGAUGCCACGCCAUCUACUGCCUUCUUUACCGACGACGGCAAACCGUCUUUUACAUUCCCGCCGGUAUCUUCCACGCCUGCAGCUGAACCAACGACAAAGUCCAACGAGGCGGUUGUUGCCAAGGAGGAAAAGAGCCCUGCGUUCGUGUCCCCGCGUACCGCAUUCUUUACCGACAAUGGGAAGCCAUCUUUCACCUUCCCCACGAUGCCAUCCGCCCCUGCGGUCGAGCCAAGCGUCGCAUCGAGGGAAAGACCUCUCGCAGAGGAGACACCGGCUCCUGUUGACGUCUCGCCACGGAAUGCGUUCUUCACAGAUGACGGCAAGCCUUCGUUCUCGUUCCCUUCGGUGCCGUCUGCGACCAUCGAGCAAGCGCCUUCGGUCGCGAAGGAAGCAGAGGUUGUGGAAGAGCAGAAGAAGCCUGCGUUUGUCGCGCCCCGAAGCAGCUUUUUCACUGAUGAUGGAAGACCUUCAUUUGCAUUCCCAUCAGUGCCAAAGUCUGCUGAGCAAACAGCCUCAACUGCCGAUGAAAAGGCCCCUGCGAAGACCCAAGAACCAGCCACCUUUAUUGCACCUCAGACCAGCUUCUUCACCGAUAAUGGAAAGCCUUCAUUCACCUUCCCAUCAGCGGCAGCACCCGCCCAGCCCUCGGCAACGAUCAGCAAAGACACCAUCUUUGAAGAGAAGCCUGCUGAGCAAUUGUCUCUUGGCCGAAGUGGUUUGUUCACUGAUGCUGGAAAGCCUACCAGCACGAUCUCUGACUUCGUCCCAACCGAGUCUGGCGGUUCCGCUUACGAUCGUAUCUCGGUUGAACCCAGCUCGUCAAAGAAGAAGAUCAUCAAGACCAAGAAGGAGAAGAAGGCAAAGAAGAGCAGCGUACCGAUUCCCGAUUUCGAUGAGCCUGCAGCCGACGCUGCCAAGUCUGCCGAUGCUCCAAUUGACACGGUGACAAAAGAUCUGGGCGACCAGGUGACCGCUGAGCCUGUUAAGCCUGACCCUGAAGCAGCCAAACCUGCUGAGACUCCUUUGGAAUCUGCAAUCGAAGCUUGGGGCGAACAGCUAGUAUCUGAGCCAACUCCUCUGACUGAAGAGCCGCCUAUCGUUGAUUCUGCCGAACGUACCGUCAAGCGCGAGCAACCAGCUACUACAGAGCCAUUUACCAUCGACGAAGAUGAAGUCACGUCACCUGUCAGCAAGAAGAAGGCUAAGAAGAGCAAGAAGAGUAAGAAGGCUGAACUCGAAAGCACUGAGGUUGAGACCGCAGCCCCAACAACUCCGAUCGAACCUGCUGCUCAACGUUCGCUGGAUGCUCCUGCAAGCGAAUCUGCACCUGUCACCGAGACUGUUGCUGAACCGGUAUCCGCAGAGGUUGUGCAAGAGAAGAUCGCGCCCUCUAACACGGAGGCUGCAGAGCUUGUAUCCGAGCUCGCACCGACUGUUGAAGAGCCUGCCCGUGAAGAACCCUCUCUACCUGUUGAUGUGGCCACACCCGCAGAGCGUGAAGCACCAGCUGAGUCCGUGCCUUCUGCUCGAGAAGAUGCGCCAAAGACAAAGAAGAGCAAGAAUAGUAAGAAGAAGAGCGGUAUCUCCACGCCUCAGGAGGAGCCUAUGACUGCUACCGAGCCAUCUUCUGUGACAGCUUCUGAGGCUAUUGCCGACCAGCCGACUUCCGUUCCGGACGUUAUCCAACCUUCUAUUGUCGAGGCCGCUGACAUUCCUUUGCCUGCGCCGCAACCCGAUGAAGACCUCACACAGCCUCUCGAAGAGGCACUCCCCAGAGAUGCCCCUGCCGAGCAGGAGCCAAUUCCCGAGCCCUCUUCUGCACCUGUAGAAGCCGAUCCCCCUGCUACAUCCAAGACCAAGAAGACCAAGAAGAGUAAGCGGAAGAGCGGCACUGUGACACCCCAGCCUGAGGCCGAAGUUGUACCUGAGCAGACCGAGGCACCCCUCGAGACAUCUGCCCCGAUCAGCGAACCAGUCGCAACUCCAAGCGAAGUAGUUGAUCGGUCCCGCAACAUCGAGCUACCUUCAUCGGCCGAGCAAGCUGCCGAUGUAGAGACCUCUCUACUCGAGCAGAAGCGUGACGACGGAGCUGAUGCCGCGACUGUCCCUUUCCCGACGGAGAGCUUUGAUGAAGAUCUCUCAACACCAUUGGAGCAGUCGAAGUCUAUGGACGAGGUUACUCCUUCUGUUGAGCAGACAGUGGAAGAUGCUCCAUCGACACCUGCUUCGAAGAAAGACAAAAAGAAGAAGGGGAAGAAGAGCAAGGCUGUUGAGACACCUGUGGAGGAGGUUGUGGUUCAAGAGGAGGAGAGCAAGAGCAGGCAGAUUGGUCAAGGGGAGGGACUCUUCGGUGCGGAGACAUCAGUCAUGGAGAAUGUUGAUGUGAAGGAUACGGCUACCGAGGAGACUGGAUCGGCCCUUCCCAGAGAGCAGCUGCAGUCAGACGUUGCAGAGCGUGCGAACGAGAUCUUUGCGCCAGCUGAACCAACUCGACUUGAGCCCCUGUCUGAGGCUCCUAUCGUCCCGACAGAAGAUGCACCGAUCGCCGAGCCAAGCCAGCCUGCGGAUCUAGCGGUCGAUGAUGUUGCUGAAGCACCAUCUUCUUCUAAGAAAGACAAGAAAAAGAAGAAGAGCAAGAAGACGAAGACCGAUGAGGAGACUCUGGCUCCCCCGACCACCGAUGUCCAGCGCGAAAUGGAGCCUACUCUACAGACUCCUGAAGCUCAGCCCAUCACUGAAGCUCUGCCUGAACAGCAACAUCCUGAACCUGUUCAAGAAGUAUCGGUCGAUGUUAUUCCGGAAUCCAGCGCGGUUGUUGAAGACACUGCCGAAACCGCCGCAAGGCAGACUUCCAUGGACGUUUUGACUCCUGCACGAGAAGCCCCAGUCGAAGAGCCCACACGACCUGCCACGCCAUUGGAGGAAGAGCCUUCGACGCCAUCAAAGAAGUCUAAGAAGAAGAAGGCCAAGAAGGGUAAAUCCGUCGAGAUUGAACCCACUUCUGCAGAUCCAGCCGAUGUGCAGACGGAGACCCAACCUUCUAUGGAAGCCGCUGGACCUGAAUCUCAGUCAAUCGUGGAUGCCGCACUCGCCGGAUCUUCCAAACCAAUCCAGGAGGCCCAGGUCGAGACUGAAGCAAUCGCAGCAGACCGAGCGAUCGAAGUCGCGCCUGAGGUUCCUGUAGAGUCAGUCGCCGGAGCAGAGGCGGUGCCUCUUCCUGAGACGCCGGCCCGCGAGAUCGAUGAGCCCAUCGCGGAGGUUUCUCAGUCCUCGGUGCCUGCCGAAGAUGUUCCAUCAAAGCCAUUGCAAGAGGCUUCAACCACCGAGGCAGAAGCAGUACCUCUUCCAGAGACGCCAGCCCGAGAGAUCGACGACCCGAUCGCGGAUGAUCUGCCAGCAACCCCAUCGAAGAAGAGCAAGAAGAAGAAGGCGAAGAAGGGAAAGUUAGCUGACACCGAGCUAAGCACCCCUGUCGCUGAAGCUGCCAGUUCUCAGCAAGACCCGUUCAUUGAAUCUGCGCAACCCAAGGCACCCGCAGUUGAGGCUACCCCAUCAGUACCAGUCGAGGAAAUCAAGUCAGAGCGGGAUGCAUCACCGGCUGAGCUUGUAGCUCUUCCGGAGACUGAUGACCAGGAUCUGGAGGAGCCGACAAUCCCUCAGGCUGAAGCUGCGAAGUCACAAGAAGAAGCAUCACCAGCUGAGCUCGUAGCUCUUCCUGAAACCGACGACAAAGAUCUCGACGAGCCCGCAAUUCCCCAAGUCGAGGCUGCGGAGAACGUUCCUGCUGUUCCCGAAGUCGUUGCCGACAUCUCUGAUAAGGUCGACAUCGCACAGCCAGGACCCACUCAAGAUUUCACCGUUCCAGCGGCUCCUACCGAGCCUGUUGCCGAGGCCGAACCAGCUGAGCCAAUCUCGAAGAAGAGCAAGAAGAAGAAGGGUAAGAAAGGCAAAUCCAUCGACACUACUGAGCCCAGCACACCGGUUACUGAGGAGCCAGCACCACAGUUCGACGUUCCUCCUGAGCCUGUUCAAGAGGAAAAAAGUGUUGCAGAUACCGCGGCGCCUUCGCAGGGAACGACUCGUACAGUUGUUGACACCGAUGAGCCUGCACUUGUCCGGGAGAGCGUCACGGACGUUUCACCCGCGCAGCAGGAUGCGCCCAUUGAGGAAGCUUUGGUUGCGCCUACCCCUUCUAGUCAAGCUAUUGAGGACGAAAGCGCCGAGCCUGUCUCGAAGAAGAGUAAGAAGAAGGCAAAGAAGGAGAAAGCCAACCAAGAGGCUGAGGUUGAGCAAAUCCCAGCGACGCCUCUGCCUAAGCCUGUUACGGAAGAUACUGCUGCCGAUGCCAAGCUUGAUGUCAACCUUGAGGCAGCUGCACCCGAGACUACUGAGCAGCAGCAGACCAUGGAACGAUCAGAGCUCGAGCCCACAACUGGUGAGGCGUCUUUUGACAGGCCGGUCGAAUCUGCCGCCGAUGUUGCUACCCCGGCAACUCCUCUUGAGAGUACGGACCACCCACGCGACGUACCAUCAACGGAGAGGUCACUGCCCGAGACUUCACAAGUUCAAGACCAGGCAGAGGCCGAAGAUGCUCCCAGUACACCCAAGAAGAGCAAGAAGAAGAAGAAGGGCAAGAAGGGAGAGUUGGUCUCCGAACCUCAGACUCCCGUUACCGAGUCUGAGCCAGUCUUCCCGGAGACCACUGUCCAAGAAGCGCUUCCAUCUACCGCUGAGACCACCGAACAACCGGUUAGUCGGGAUGUUGCAUCCGAGUCUACUUUCGAUGUUCUGCCUACGCCUGUUGAGACCUCUACCACUGAGCAAGACGUUCCCGCUCCUACAGAGCCAGCGCAGGUUGAGGAAGUGGUUCAGGCGAUCGAUCUUGAGCCAGCACGUGAUGAACCCGUCCCAGAGCAAGCCACCGAGGAAGCGACACCACUCUCAAAGAAAGACAAGAAGAAGGCCAAGAAAUCCAAGAAGGCUGAACUUGAGAGUGAGAUGCCUGAGGUAUCUUCUGCGCCAGUCGAGACCGUCUCGAAGACCAUUGAUGAGCCAGCUCGCGAGGAACAAGUUCCGGCGACUAUCCAGGAGACACGCAUUGAAGAGCCCGUCGUCGAGACACAGACCGUUCCCGAGGCUACAUCUCCCAAGUCGAUACCAGUGGUUACCGCAGGUCAAGAUGAUGUACUUCCAAGUACUCCGCUAGCUGGAGACGUCGCUGUUACCACUUCGGCCGAUACCGCGCCUGCAACUGAAGCGCAAGAUGAAGUCACAGUAGUCGAGAACGAGGACGUUGCGCCUGCGACUGAACAGCAUGAGGAGGAGUCUACUUCCAAGAAGAGCAAGAAGAAGGCCAAGAAGGCUAAGCGUGCUUCCAUCGCCGAAGAGCCUACUGUUCCUUCUGUUUCUGAAGCGACAAUCGAGAAGGACACUAUCCAACCUGAGCAAGCAGCGACUGUACCCGAACCUGCUGCGGACUCGACACCUGUGCCUACCAUCGUUUCUGAUACCCUCCCUGAGACCGCCACAACCGAGGAGCUUACUUCUGACACUACACCCGCGCCGGAAGUGUCUGUGGAGCGCGAAGCGACUGUCGAUAGCACAGCCCCGUCCGUUCCUGAAGCCUCGGUCCGACAGAAAGAGGAAGCAUCAGUUCCCAAGGAGCCGAUAGUUGAGUCCAAGCCGACUGAGAAGACGCUGGCUGCCGAUACACCCGUGCCCGAGGUCACUGAGGAAGCCGCCGCUCCACUCUCGAAGAAGGACAAGAAGAAGGCAAAGAAGGCGAAGCGCGUUUCGAUCGCCGAGGAGCCCACUUCUAUUCCGUCAACCCCUGUCAAAGAGAAAACUGAGCCAGUCUCGGAAGAACCUACGUCCUCGGCUACGGAGGCACCCGCCUCGGAAAUCUCCGUUGUGGAAGAGGUGCCAAGCACUUUGUCCGACGUUACCGAAGACACUUCAUCUCACCUUACGCCUGCCGAAGACCUCAUUCCCACACCUGAGCCUGCAUCUGAGGAACUCAGUCAAGUUGAGGCUGUACCUGAGAUCACCAGCCCUGUCUCGAAGAAGGACAAGAAGAAGUCCAAGAAGUCAAAGCGCGAAUCCAUUGCUGAGGCGGAGACGGAGACUCAAGUCGAAACGCCAGCAGAGAGGUCAUUAGAGCGCGCUCUUGACGCUGCUGACAUUGCUGCUCCAGUUCUCGAGCAGCAGCCCGCCCAAGCCACAUCAAGGGAGCCUACUGCAACUCCCGUGGUUGCUGAGGAGCCAAGCAAGAGCGAAGUGCCUUCUGCCGUCCCAGUUGAAGAUGAGCGACUUCCCGCAACCACAGUUGCAGAACAGCUCCCAUCUGAGGUAGUGGCUUCCGAGCCAGUCUCUGCCACCGUUUCGACCGAGACUUUGUCAGAAGAGCCCGUAGCGACAUCUUCGACCAUCGAUGAGCCAACCACACCUUCCAAGAAAGACAAGAAGAAGGCGAAGAAGAGCAAGCGCGGAUCAGUUGCAGAGGUCGAGCCAUCUCUGCCUUCCACUCCGGUUGAUGAACCCACUAGAGAGCUUACGGAAACAGUCAAAGAUAUUCCCACUGUUGAACAGGAGCCUGUAGUAUCAACCAUCGAGCCGAAAGAGCAGUCAGACGUUGUUCCUACCGUUUCUGAGGAUACAACAGCCUCCACUCCUGCGGUUGAGCAGAUCGUCACGGAACCCACGGAAGAAGAGGACACAGCGUCACAGUCGAAGAAAGACAAGAAGAAGGCGAAGAAAACAGCCAAGAAGGCCGAGGCGGAGUCUUCUGAGCCUAUCGUCUCCGCUCAGCCUUCGACCGAAACAGCUGAAACCACUUUGACAGAGCAGCCUUCAUCGGUGGUGCCUGAGACGACAACUACGACCACCACCAUCGACGAGGUCCCGCGCACGAACGUUGAUGAUUCGACCGCUCCAGUCACAGUCGCCACUGAGGACCACGAAGGCAAGGAGCCAGCUACCAGCCGCGAUGUGAACGACUCUACCAAGAACGAACAGCUCAGCAUUGCGCCUACAGCUGACAACGCGGUUGAGACCACCACAUCAGACGCACAGACUAUUCCCAGCACCACUGCCGCCUCUACAGAUGUCCAGCCGGACGACGAGCAAGAACCAGAGGAAUGGGCUGGGCUAUCGAAGUCGCAAAAGAAGAAGCUGAAGAAAGCCAAACGCGCGUCCGUUGCUGAGGUAGAACCAUCCCGGUCAGCCACACCUGCAGAGGAUUCGUCAAAGGUUCUAUCUGCCGAGCCUCAGUCAUCUGUUCCUGAAGUGGUCAAGGAGACCACUACUGAGCAAUUACCCCAAGCGGAUGAACCCAGUCCCCUACCAGUCGCGGGACCUACUAGCGACGCAAAGGAGGCUGAAGCAUACCUGGAGCAGCCCACUGCGAUUUCGGAGCCAACAACCAUCUCCACCCCAGCUGAAGACCCUGCGCCAACCACCGCUGCACCAGACCCGUCACCAGGCGAUCCCAAGCCGCCAGACAGAGAGCUCGAAGCGCCUUCGUCCCCUUCCUCCUCCAAGAAGGACAAGAAGAAGGCUAAGAAGCAAGCUAAGAAGGCAACACCUGCGGAGCCUUUUUUAGCAGAUGAGACGCCUGAGGCAGCCAACUCUGAUACUCAGCCGUCUCUGUCGAUUCCUACACUUUCGGAGACCCAACUAUCUUUCUCGGGGAUACCGACACAAUAUCCCCAAUCUUUUACGAAUAACGAGCUUGUUGAUGAUUUUGAUGAUAAGAAGGAGGUGGAGAUUGAUGAUGCCGCUGAGGAGAGGGGACGUGAGGAGGAAAAGAAAGAUGAGGAAAAGGAGGAUGUUCACAGGGAGGAUGUGGAGAUGAGAGAUGAGGAAGAACAGGAGAAGAAGGUGGAGGAGGUGGUUGCCCAAGCUGAACAACGUGGAGAGCCUUCGGUCGUAGUCGAAGAGUUGCCAGAGCAGACUGCAACGGAGGCUGUCGCUGCUGAAGAGAAGCCAACGGAAGUGGAACAGUCUGUCGAAUCGACCGUGGCGCAAGAGCCUACAACUGCCAAUGCAGACGUUGCCGAGAAGGACAUCAAGGAACAAGCACCUAUUGUGGAAGACCUUGCGUCUGAGACAAUCGUUCCAGUCGAUACUAGCGUCACUGAGCCAUCCUCGGCUCCAGCUGUCGACUCAGCGCCCACACUGGAAGACCCAAUCCCGGUGGAGACGCCUCAAGAGCCCACAUCUACUUCGAUGGUCGUUGAAGAAGAUCAACCGACUGCUCUGCAGCAACAAGACGAGAUCAAAGAAGUUGUGCAGCAAGCUUCUCAGACACCAGCAAUACAACCGCCCGCUUCACUCGGCGGAGGUGAUGAGGACUCGACCGCCCCUUCUAAGAAGAAAAAGAAGAACAAAAAGGGCAAGCGCGCGUCCACAGUGGAGGAACAAGAGCCAGCCGUCAGCGUUUCUGAGCCUGAGCGCGAUACCGCGGACAAGCCAAAUGAAGACAUUACGGUUGCAGAACCCAAGGAACCAGUCGCUUCUAUAGCUGAGGAUGUCAAGCCCCUAGAGGAUGUCGCAAUCGAUCGAGACAUUGAGGUUGCGCGUCCUUCCGAGCCUCAAGCGGAUACAACGCCCGUUGUCGAAGAAGCCGCCCUGGCCAAGGACGAACACGCUACGUCUGAUGUCCAGGAGCCUGUACCUGUUCCGAUCGCGACAGAGGAGCGCGAGGAUACCAUCGCGCAGCCCGAAACCGCCACGUCUUUGCCUGAAGUGGGUGAAGAAACGACUAUCGCAGAGCCUGUCCCUCAAGAUAUUGACCAUACUGCUAAGAGCAUCGAAGAACCCGCCAUUGCAGUCCCAAAGGUUGAUCAGGCUCAGGAGUCGAUCUCAACGCCAACGUUCGAGGAGCCUACCUCAUCAAAGAAGAACAAGAAGAAGAGCAAGAAGGCCAAGCAGGCGACGGCGCCUAUUGUGACUGUUCCCGAAGCUCAGUCUUCUCAGCCAGAGGAGCCAUCGUUCAUGCAAGCUGAACCAGCCCCGCUGGCGUCUGAGCCAAUUAACGAGCCGGAAGUGUCACGCGAGUUCCCGGCUCCUGAGCAGGUCGAGGAUGUUCAACCAGCUGUUCCGACCAUAGAAGAGACACCAACAGACGACAAGACGAUCGCCCCAGAAGAGCCGAUAUUGAAUCCUGGCGAUGAGACGCACCAGCCUACGCUACCAAACACCGAACGUGAGGCGCCUGCUGAGGUUCAAGAAUCCGUCCCCGAGCCUCCAACGACGGCACAGUUUGAGCCAGCGACUUCUGAUGCCCUUCAGCUACCUACCGAUGAGCUUCCUGUGCCUUCGCCUUCGAAGAAAGACAAGAAGAAGAGCAAGAAGGCUAAGAAGCAGUCCCAAGCGGAAGAAGCAGUGGAGGAGACCACUUCUGAUGUACCUCGAGAUGUUACUACCGAAGCCGCGCCUACUCCUGUCAUUGAAGAGGUUGCCGAGGCGGUCGUCGAGCCAAUUGCUGAGCCGGUCGUGGAAUCAGUGGCUGAGCGAACCAUUGACCCAGCCAUCGAGACAACGCCGAUCAUUGAGUCCACACCAAUUGAAGACGCAUCCGCACCAAAGCCUGAGCACAUGCCAUUCGUUUCAGAGACUACCGUCAAUGAGCCGACAACGUCUGACGAUGCGCCAGUGCCUGUCACCGAAGACACCCUCGAGUUCUCAGAGCUUGCGACAUCAAAGCUUGAGCCGGAAGUGAUCUCCAAGCCAAUAGAAGACGCCCCUCAGGUACCCUUGCCCGAGGAUCGCAUCAUCAGCCCACCAGUCGAGACUUCCAGGGAGGAGUUUGUUGGCCCAAUCCAGCCUGAGAUCACAUCAGAUGCCAAAGACGAGCAACUUCCGACCCCAAUCGUAGAGCCAGAGGCUCCACUCGAGAUCGUUGAUGCCGCACCGCUGUCCAAGAAGGACAAGAAGAAGGCCAAGAAGGCGAAAUCGAAGGCUUCCGACGCUGUCACGCCUGUCAACGAAGUCGCAGUACAGCCCGAGGUCGCAAUUGUCCAAGAUGUUGGCACUAGCAGCGAUGAGCCAGCGACUCGGGAUGUGCCACUUUCUUUGCCUCACGAAGAUGCUGUGGUUGAGACAACUAACCCUACGAUUGGGCAAGAACCUUUACUGGACGACCGCGCACUUUCCAUGCCCCAAAUGGAGGAGAUCAAAGAGGAAACCAAGAAGUCCGACCUUACACCGCCUCUCGUAGACGCUAUUUCAACGCCCUUGCCUGAUACUGUUCAAAAGCCUAUCAUUGAGCGACCGAUCGAAGAGGUGUCAGCCAUCGAUGCGCCAGUCAUUGCGGCGCAAGAGACUCCUGUUACACAGGAAAUCGCAACCGAGAAUCAAAUCGAGGAGACAGUCAGCCAAAAUGUGCCAGACACCACUGUCACUCCAGCGAUCGUUGAAGAGCGACCUUCCAAUGUACAAACGAUGGACGUUGAGCCUCAAGUCGAAGAGCCAGCAUCCCCAUCAGUCUCCAAGAAGAAGAGUAAGAAGAAGGACAAGAAGUCAGAUGUCACAACGCCAGCUCCCGAAGCCUUGCCUACAGCAGACUCCGACAGCGUUACUUCUACGAUCGAGGACAUCGCGUUGCCUACAGCCGAAGUACAAGACACCAUCGCAUCAGUUCCAGAUGAGCAGCCGAAGGCCGAGGCUCCGAUCCAACCAGAGACUACCGUAUUGCCACAGACCGUCAGUGAAGCACCUGUCACCGAGACUGCAUCUACAGUCAACGAACCAUUCUCGGUACCAGAGACGACCGUCGUCGAGGAAGUCAAGAAUGAGACCGUUACGCAGGAGCCCGUUCUUGAGCGUAAGCUGAGCAAGAAGGAGAGGAAGAAGGCCCAGAAACAGGCUGCUGCUCUGGUCGAGGAACCCAUUGUUGAGAAGGAGCCCGUCGUGGAGCCAGCCACGGAGCCAGCCACGGAACCCACUGUCGAGCCUGUUGUCGAGUCUACCGCCGAGCCUAUCGUCGAGCCUAUCGUCGAGCCCACGAUCAAGCCAGCGACGGUAGAACCAGCGCCUGCAGUCGAUACCACUACGGUUGAGCGUGUUCAAGAGACUUACCCAGUGGUACAUGAACUCGUUGUUGAGUCUUCAUCUUGGCGCGAGGUACCAGAAUCGACGAUCGAGCUAUUGCCUCAAGAAGCAACAGUGGAGGACACAAUUGUUUCUACUCCAAAGAAGAGCAAGAAGGCGAAGAAGGACAAGAAAAGCAAGACGCAAGCUGCUGUUUCUGAUCUUCCCGAGGAGCUUGUCAAAGAAACAUCAAAUCUUCCUGAGCAAGUACAAGCAACGGAAACGUUCGAGACUGAGCCCGCCGCCACCGAGCGACUACAGCCUAUCAGCCUACGGGAUCAGGACACAACGAUCCCGGAGACUGAGCCAGCGACUUCGACGACCGCUCAGAUCGAGGAGACAACAACGGAGUCUGUGAAUACGGAAGAGCCUGUUGUCCAUGCCCACAUUACUCCCGAAGUAAUCGAACAGCCUCAAGAGCCGGCUUUCUCACAAGAGAUGGAUGUUGACAAGCUACCGGAAGAUGUCUCAACAGGCACCACUGAUGUUCAGGACCGUUCUAUCCCCGAAGUUGAUGUGGUCGUUCCCACUGUCGCACCACCGAUCUUUGAAGACUUCGAGCAACAAUCCUCUCUAGAGCUGAUGCCAGACGCCUCAGUCGAAGCGUCAGCGGAGCAAACCACCGUAGUGGAGGAGGCCAAGAGCGUCCCAGAAGCACAAUCUGGGAGCAUUGAAGCCCAGCCAGCCAUCCUUGAACCGUCCAUUCCGGAGGUACCUCUUGCAUCAUCUUCAAUCGCUAGAGAGCUGCCAUCGGAGAUGCAAUCCGAGCCUGCAACGGAAACAAUCGAGUUGAGCAACGAGCAGACACUACCUGAGCCAGUGGAGGAAAGUUCCCUUUCGCGCUCAAUGUCGAAGAAGACGAAGAAGGCCAAAAAGGGCCGGAAGUCUCUUGCCGACAACGAGACUUCUGGACCCGCUACGAUUGCCAGUGAAGCCCCUUCAGAAAUCGUCACCGAGACACCCGUUGAGCAGGUCGUCCAUCAGCCAACUAUCACCGAGACCGCGAAAGAGUUGGUACGGUCUCCCACGCCAGCAGAAGAGAACGCGCCGGUCGUUCCAGUAGUCGAGGAGACCCCAGUACCUGCCGUCGCCGAAGCUAUUCCAGAAGACAACUACCAGAGCCUUGAGGAGCACCAGCCUAUCGAGCCUAUCGAGUCCACCACGACGCACGAAGAAGCUCGUCAAGUCACUCAUGACGACUCUGUUCCAGCAAGCGAGCUCUCCCCUUCUCUUAGGGCAAUCCAAGACGAAGCUGCCGAUCUGCGACUCCGUGCAGAAGCACUCGAUGCUGAGCUCGCCACACGAGACGACGCUGAUGAGCCCUCCACCAUCGAGCCCGCUUCCAUGUUCGAUAUCGUCAACAAGCUCACGAAGAAGGACAAGAAGAAGGCGAGAAAGAGUAAGGGCGACACUGACGCUAUGCCGACGACUCCUGCGGCCGAACCUGAGGCUGCGGUUGAGACGAAGGAAGUCGUCGAGACGCCCGCAUUCGUAUCUGCGCCGACCUUGACAGAAGAGCAAGUUGUCGAUAAGGGAGAGGUUGUCGAGACACCCGCGCUGACAGAGGAUACCAUUGCGACCGAUGGGCCUUCUCGCAAACUGAGCAAGAAGGAGAAGAAAAAGAAGGGCAAGCAGCCUGCAGUCGAUACAGUCGAAUCUUCCGAGACAGCAACGCAGUCGAGCGCGCCGAUCGUUGAGUACCCAGAGCCAAUCGCCAAGCAGCCAACAGAGUCACCACCAGUCGUCACUGAGUCUGCAGCAGACGCUGUCGCGCCAGAGAAAACCCACCAGGCUUCCCGUUCCAUCGAUACUGAGCGAGUAGUACUUGAUGAGCCAGCUGCAGCCGACAUCCCGGCCUCAUCUACCGUCACCCAAGAUCUUCAACAAACACUUGUGGAAGAGAAACUAGUGCCGUCAAGGAAGCUUAGCAAGAAAGACAAGAAAAGGGCUAAGCAAGUUGCCGCGCUAGAGGAUGCAACAAUCUCUCUAUCUGAGGAUGUUCCGUUCUCUACUUCGACUGAGUCUCGGGAAGUAGCUUUGCCUGACUAUGAGGUAGCUACGUCAGUGCCUGCACCUUCCAGUGAGGGUUUUCCUGCGACGAUUGUCGAGGCUUCCAAGGAGGCAGCUAUUGAGGAAGUCCCGGCUAUGACGCCGAGCCAACGUGAGGUGGAGACACAGGUCGAUACCUCAAUCGUUACACCAGCAGAGGCAACCACGGACAGUCGGCCACCACCCGUCGUCGAGCAACAAGAGCCAAUUAUCGAGGAGCCAUCUAUUCCAUCUCCUAAGCUCAGCAAGAAGGGCAAAAAGAGAGCCAAGCAGGAUACCCUCCCCGCGCAGGAACCCGAGGCGCCCGUUACGGUAGACGCACCGUUUCCCGAGACCAGUGAGCCCAUCGUUACGAAGAUACCGCACACAACCCAAGAGGUAUCCAGGGACACUAUCUCUAGUGGACUAGCGACCGUCGAACUUCCAAUCGCGACGAACGUCACGGAAGAGGCACCUCGGUUAGAGCCAUCUACUGUGCCACGAUUUGACCCAGAGCCAGAGGUUAAAGUCACCGAAGUCCAGCCUGAACCGACUUCCAUCGACCUUGCCUUCAAGACCUCCAUUACGGAAAGCACCGAGCCGCCUCGCGGAUUCCCUGCUGUGCGUGAAUCAGAACCAGAGUCUGCGAUUGCCCCGACUCUCAUACGCAAAGAGAGUAAGAAAGACAAGAAGGGCAAGAAGCAAGACGUGCUUGCUGAACAGCUUCUCACAUCGAGAACCGACGAUGUAGUGGUCUCUGAAGGCGUCCGAACCGAAGAGCGGCCUGUUGACUCGUCAAAGCCCAUGGACCAGCAAGUCACGGCUCCCAUGGACAUCCCAACUGAGCCCACACAAGACACGUCAAUUGCGCCAGUCCUGGAGAAGCAGCCCCAAGAGAUCAUUCCGCCAAGGAAUCUUUCAGAAGAGCGUGUGACCGUUGACGCUCCAGCGACCGAAGCCACCCCCGAGGCCGAGACGACUCCCACCAAGAGUAAGAAGCAAAAGCGCAAGUCAAAGUCUCCGAGGACGUCAAGAGUGCCCGCUAGCGUUGCGCCCAUCGUUCCGGUCGAGGAGACAGCCCCUGAACCGACUGUUGCGCGUCAGAUUGUGUACGACACCCGCCAAGAUACGAUCCGAGAACGCAGCCUUUCUCCCAGGAAAAGGCCUACAACGCCUUCAACGCCCGGGUCGCCAGUAAUUGGAGCAAUUCUCAGCCAGCCGAAGAGGGAACACGUCAGGUCGAUGUCCAACGUCUCUAUUCCUGAUCUCCACUUCAGAGCCAGCGAAUCCGAUAGCACUGCUCAGCACCCUUUACUACACAAGAAGUCGUCCAAGAAACACAAGUUGGCGGCUUUGUUUGAGCGCGGCAAAUCACCGGAUGGUGCUCCUGUGGAACGAGGUCUGCGAAAGGAAGGAUCUGGCAGUGUCAGAAACCUCGCCGAACAGUACGAAAGUCAAUCACGAUCUGUUACGCCCAUUCUACCCCCAUCCCCCGAGAAGCGAUACCUGUCUCGAUCUCCUUCGCCUGAGAAGCGUCAGCUCCAUUCUCGAGUUGCAUCUCGUAGUCAACUUGGCUUGGCAUCACCAGUGCGAUCAGAUUCGAAGUCGCCCGCAAGAGACAUAGACUUCGCAGCUACUGUCGCCGCCAGUUUGCAAGAGUCUGGUUUUGAUCCUGGAUAUGUCAUCAACGAUAGAGCUUUCCAUCGCUCGAACUCCAUAUCAGGUGCUCGCGAUAUCACGCCUGAUGAUGACAUUGCCGCUGCAAAGGAAAGAGCCGGCAGAUCACGACUUGGUAGCUUGAGUCGCUCAUCAUCGGUCUCCGGCUCGCCAAAACUACGACCACUCCAGCCUAGCGGACCCGAUGUUCUGCCACCCAUCGAAGUAGCAAUGGCAACGACUGACACUGCAUCGUUCGACCCACUGGAUGUGCUCAACGACCCCGCUUUUGCAACGCGAAAGUCGCCUCCUGGUGUUCUUGAAGAAGCCGACCCUGAUGAGUUGGCCGGGUCGUCAAGUCUGAGAAGGAACAAGAGCAAUAAGAAGCGUUAUCCGAUACCAGAAACUCUAGUGGAAUCUGAACACACUCGCGAAGAAGCAGACGCUUCAGUUGCGCCGAUUGUUCGAGGCAAGAAGUCAAAGAAGGACGAAGAAGGAGCUCCACGUCUGCAAGACCGUGUUGAGUAUGCAGCUGCAGAGACUCCAGCGAUCGAGGCUCAUCGAGAUGUGCCUCUCGCUGUUGAGACUCCAGCUGACUCCACAGUCCGCGGAAUUGAGCCUGCUCAGUCCGUGCCUCGCGCGCCAACCUCCACCGAUGUUCUUCCGGAGGUGACGACGCAAACGACAGGAUUGGAAUUCAAGUCUAUCGACGUCAAAGAGAAAGAUUCCAACAGACAAGACACGAUGACGAGGAAGGAGAGGCCCAAGAAGUCAGUGAAGAACGCCAAACCUGCAGUCACUGAGGAUGUGCCCGUACUGCCCGUGACAUUCGAUCAGGAAGCCCGUUCACUGACCGCUGGAGAGCCGAAGGAAUAUCCAUUUCCACAGGUGACGCAAGAGAAGGAGAUCGAGAGGAAGAAGGAGGAGACACGCAGGCGAGAGUUGGAGAAAGAGAGGGAUAUGGAUGCAUGGGCUCCAUCGCCAAAAAAGAAGAGCAAAAAGAGCAGGAAGACUGAAGAGAGGAUUGAGGGAGAGUCGAGCACCGCGUUGAGGGACGCACCACCAGCCGAGACACCAGCUGCCGUUCCUGAAGUUCACAAGCGCAGGACACAUCCUGUAUCUUUUGACGAUGAGCAGCCGGAUGAGAAGCGCCUACAUACAUUGGAGUCCACUCAAGAGCCUCAAUUCAUCACUGAGAGAACAGCAUCACCAGCGCAUGUUGUCGCAUCAGAACGCUCACACUCCGACAAGCGCUCCAAAGAAGCCAAAUCAUCAACGCAUGGUGCAGCACCAGCCAACGAGCCAUCAUGGUCAUUCGCCGAAGUUCAAGACGACAGCAGUCAGAACCCCGCCACUGCACAGUCAGCACAGCCAGUCGAGAACGCAACACGUACGCUGAGACGGUCGAAGGAACCGAAGACUCCUCUGAGUGCAUCAAAACGCUCAAUUGCAACUGAUCAAGAUGCCGAAGACAGCCCUGCUUUGCCAACACACCCAGUGAUUUCUGGCGCGACAACUCCAGGCACCGACUUUGCGACGAAGGAGCGAACCUCCUAUCUGUUCGAUUCCUCUCCAUCAACACGCGCCUAUGGCACUUCACCAGCAAUUGGGCCGCAAACGCCUGCUCAUGAUCCUCAGAGAGUCGAUGAUACUCCGUCAAAAAGCAAAGGCAAGAAACCACGCACGGAGUCGCAGCACGGUCGGACAUCGCCUACGAAGGAGAUUGUACAGAAGGAGUCAUACAAAUCCUUGUUUGGAGAUCCAAACGAGAAGAAGGGUGAGGCCCUUUCCACGCCUGUCGCAAAGUCCGAACGCACGCCAGGCACCAAGCAACUCGAGUCCAUUGAGGAAGUCAGCCCGGAUGACACCAAGCACAAGAAGUCACGAUCCAUCGCUGAUGUCGGCGCGCCAGAGCGAGGACUCAAGUCAGCUCGUCGCACCGAGAGUCUCAGGCAACUUUCUGAUCGCCUGAGAUCACCUCCGCCCAGCACGCCAACGCCCACGGGUCGUCGCAGUGUGGCAUCCAUGGCAGACAACUCGGGUGGAAGAGAUUCACCAUGGUCACAGGUCAACGACAGCGUUGACCGAACCAUGACCCUCAGCCCCGCACGCCGCAUGCCUCGCUCAUCUCCGAGCGCAGACCCGUUGAAGCAGUACAUUGCUGAGCAGCGGUCGCCCAGUGUCCAAAGUCAGCGUUCUCUGAGCAACAUCGCGAGGCUUAGGUCUCCGGAUCAGGAACGUCCUAUGAGCUCUAUGAGCAACAUCAGCACGCGUUCGGAUCGGUCGUUGAGAAGAGUGGACCGGCAAACGUCAGGUGACCUUAGAUCAGCCUCGAGGCUUGGCGAGGCCAGUGCGCAAGACGCCAAGAGCGCGCAACCCAAUCUCUCCAGCACGGCGCUCGCGGCUGGAGCAGCAGCCAUCGCAGGUAUCGCCGCCCCACCGGUUUACGACCCAGUCCGGGGUACAGGUAGAGGUCGCCGUACCAGUAUGGCCGAAACCUUUGUAAGUAAUUCGCAGUUGUUGCGCACGUCGCUUCUGAUUACUGACUGUGUUUUGCAGGAAGCAUGGGGUGAAGCCCAAAGGUCGCCUAGCUCGCCCUCACGUCCACCAAGCGUGCGCAAACGUCAAAGCAUGCAAAUCAUGGACCUCCAGACGCAACUUGACCAGCUAGCUGCGCAAAACUCAGCUGUCGAGACCGCUAAGGCCAAGGCUGAGGAGGCUUUACAAGCUGCACAACAUCAGCGCCAAGUUGACGAGCAACUGGUACUUGAAGAAGUAGAAGCACGUGACCGUCAGAUUCACCAAAGGGAUAUCGACAUUGCGCAACUCAAGGAUACGCUUCAGCGACUACAAGAAGAGAUUGCGCGCCUGAAUCAACUCAACAACGCACUAACAGACGCCAAUCGCAACCUGACCAACGAUGCCAAUGAACGAUAUGGCCAACUCCAGUCCGAGGGACAGAUGGUGCAUGAGCAAUGGCAGGCAUCACAACGAGAGCUAGAGAGCCUUCGCAGUCAAUACGCUCAGCUUCAGGCUGAAGGCCAGGCCAUGCAACAGCAAUGGCAAACAUCACAACGAGACUUGGAGGAACUUCGUCGUCAGCAUACCCAGAUGCAGCGAGGUCUCGCAGAUGCCGUCCGCGAUGAAGUUGGCGAAGCACUAGAUGAGCGCAACGCCGAAAUCGACCGUCUAACCGCAGAGCUGGCGACUGCACGCGAACAGAUCAAGAACCUUCAAAAGCAGAUCUUGGCUUCGAAGAAGCCUAGUGAGAGCUUCCUCACUGUUCGCGAUGAAGACUACUUUGACAGCGCCUGUCAACAACUGUGUCAACAUGUACAGCAGUGGGUGCUGCGCUUCUCCAAGUUCUCUGAUACUCGCGCAUGCCGCCUUUCAUCAGAGGUCGCAGCUGAUACACGACUGGAUGCAUCAACGCGUCAGAAAAUCGACACUCGCCUUGACAAUGCCAUUCUCGAUGGCUCAGAUGUCGAUUCACUCUUAGCGGACCGUGUCAAGCGCCGAGACGUCUUCAUGUCCGUGGUUAUGACCAUGAUCUGGGAGUACGUCUUCACCAGGUACCUAUUCGGUAUGGACCGAGAACAGCGCCAGAAACUCAAGGCGCUGGAGAAGACGCUUUCAGAAGUGGGCCCACCACGCGCUGUGGCACAAUGGCGAGCUAUCACACUUACCCUUCUUGCGAGAAGAGAGCCUUUCAUGCAGCAGCGCGCUCAGGACACUGAAGCUGUGGUGCACGAGAUCUACAGCACACUCUCGACACUUCUUCCGCCACCAUCGCAUCUGCAGCGCCAGAUCCAGGAGUCGUUGCGCAACGUGAUGCGCUUGGCAGUGGAGCUAUCAAUUGAGAUGCGCACGCAACGCGCAGAAUACAUCAUGCUGCCGCCGCUACAACCCGAGUACGAUACCAAGGGCGAUCUCGUCGCCAAGGUUACUUUCAACGCCUCUCUAAUGAACGAACGGUCAGGCGAGACGACGUCGAACGACGAACUCCAAGCCCGUGGGUCGGUGGUCAAGAUUGUACUGUUCCCCCUAGUCGUCAAGAAGGGCGAUGACUUCGGCGAAGGCGAGGACGAGAUUGUCGUCUGCCCAGCCCAGGUCCUGGUCGCCGGAACCAAGAGCAGGAAGGUAGUGAGGGUCAUGAGUGGAGCGAUGUCGAUCAAUCGUCCCGACUCACGAGCAAGCCGUAUCAGUCGGGUAACGAGCGUCGCGCCCCCUGAGAGCACGAUCAUGGACUACGAGCAACCCGGUAGCAACAUGAUCUAG